AUGGUGGACUCGAUGUCCACGAAGCCCAAGGAGCACCCGACGCUCGUUUCGGAGUUCGUCGAGUCGACGGUCACCAUCAUUUCGCUGGUCAAUAGUGGCGAGUUGAACAUGAGGGUCGGCAAGAGGGUGAGGAUGACCGUCGAGUCGAUUAUCCAGAGCAGGAGGAAGCAGGUCAUCAAACUUUAUGAACAGGAGGGCAUCCUCGCUAAAAUGAAAUUCAAAGCCGUACCGCUUCAGAAGUACUUGAAGGACAACCCCGAGGCCGACGUGAAGGAAGACGGGCUCAUCAUCAGGCAGUGCAAGCUGCCCGGCUUUACCUCAUUGGUGGAGUGCGUAUUGCUGAGGAAAGGUGACGAAGGUGUCUUUGACUUGGAGCUGACCUCUGCCCAGCUCAUGUCGAAGGAAGAGACCCUCGACGACGGGUCGGCGCUGAUCCGCCAAGACCAGAUCGACAAGCGCUUCAGGAACCUCGGCGAGAAGGUCAUGCAGCCGUUGAUGAAGGCUGCAGAGAAGGCCACGCAGUACAAGCCAGCUCGGGAAGCCAUAGCGCCCCCCCCUCCUCCUGAGCCCGCUGCUGGGGAUGCAGCCGCGGGGGAGGAUGCUGGGAUGGAAGUCGUGGAGUCCAGCGACGGCGACGACGGGGAGGAGCCAGACGUCCUGUCCGGGUCGCUGCUGGGGAACUUGUUCGGCGACUCGUCCUCCUCCAGGGCGGCGGCCAAGUCGAAGAGCACGGGAGCGGCUUCCUCGUCGGGACCGCAUCCUUCCUCUGGCCGCGCCGCUGUGCGGCCAGCAGGCCCGACGCCAUCGAAGACGCCACCGAGCGUGCAACAAAGGGGCACCAAGCGCGUUGCAGAGACUCCGACUCCAGAGUCAGGGAAGAAAGCCUCCCUUGAGGAUUCCGAGGGCGAGGCCGGGAGGAGGCCGCGCGGCCGACCCCCGAAAGCUAUCAACCCAGAAGAGUUGCUGCAAGAGGAGGGCCACUACGAGAACAUGGAAAAGUUCGACACUCAUGUCAGCGCUAUUAUGGACAUCUGCGGCGGGAGCCAGGUCAUGUUCGCGGUGCCCGACGAGAUGGCGAAAUGCAUCACCAAGGCCAAAGCUGUCGUCAACAACCUUGACAAAUGCGCCAAUCAUGCGAACGCCAUCGAGAAGAAGCACGGAAAGAAGCACAGUGCCCCAGAAGAGAUGAAGGAACUCUUGGCUUCAUCAAAGAGAAAGACAAGGAACAUGACAAACUUCAUUCAGGAGUUCACGAAAAAGAAGAGAGACUUCGAGAAGCUUCGCGAGUUGCUGUCGGAGUUGAACACGGACAAAGUGUCGGUCCCUCCUUUGUUCAAGGUCGUCGUGUUCGUCAAUUGUGUCUGCAAUUUCGGGGUCUUCAAGCAGUUCGAUCAGCUUCGAGAGGUCAUGGGCUCUUUCACUCUUGAUGGCGAUGACUUCCUUCUGCAUAGGAAGCCAGCGGAAAGGGGUGAGAUUAUCUCGAUGGUUAUCGAGACGACCAUGCCACGGAUUUUCCAAGCGCUGCCUUCUGCCGCAUCUUUUGAGCAGGGCCUCGAUGUGCUAAAUACAAUUCAUGGGUACCUCGAGGUGGUGAGGAAACUCGAACCACUCAACGUAGAGUUGGAAGAGCACCUGAAGUACUUGGCUGACGCUACGGGGCAAGGAGCGGAUCCUGAUGACCUCGCGAUGAGCGAUGCGAUCGACGCGCUAGACGCCGUAGCUGCGGACGACGACUCAGAGAGCGCACUGAAGGCCAGCUUAGUCCUGAAGCAGUGGACGUCCUUGAAGGAACACAUGGAGACGAUCAAAGAGGCGAGAAGGAAGGCAGUUGGACCAGUGCAGCUCCUCCCGAAGGUGGUCUCGAUGGCCCGCGACUUCAUGCAGAGUCCGCCGGUGCGCAGGAAUCCCGACGUCUUCGGUCAGAAAAUCACGUCCGCCCUCGCGCGUGCCCUGGACCGCUUGGCCCAGGACGACUUCAACUCCGAGGCUUCGAAGGCUCUCGCGAUGUUCGCCCGCAAGUGCACGGAGAUCAUCAAUGACGUGACGAAGAGCAUUGCCGCGGACUGGGCCGCGAAGAAGCUGGAUAUCUUCAUCUCUGCGAAGGACAAGGCUGGCGGCGAGGACUGGCGCAACGAAGUGACGGCCCUCGACAAGCUGAUGAGGCCGCUGUACCUGGGCUUCGUCAAAUUCGAGGGUCUAGGCCUCCUCCGCCCCGUCCACCUUCAGAAGCUGUCGAAGAAAGCCGCAGAGGAGGUCAAUGAAUGUAAGAAGGUCGUCAUUGGGAGGAUGAGGCUUAUUACAACGAUGGUCGAGAUCUGCAACACGGACUUCGAUGUCAUGGAAGCGCUCCACAAGAUGGAGGACGCCGACCCUGACCUCGCGCCUCUGCUCAUCGAGAAGUUUCACGCUGCAGAGCUCGCGAUGCGGAACCUGCCAGAGCCCGCAGAGAUCCCAGAGGAGUUCGUCAAGAAGCAGAAAGCGUUCGAACUUGCUUUCGGUCCCCGGCGCAUUGCGAUGACCCAGCUGGAUGACCUGGGCGAGAAGCUCGGAGAAGCGUUCAAGACCAUGCUGAAUGUCGGGCCCGAGGAGGAUGACCACGACGUGAAGACGGCAUCCAACACCGCCAACGGUCUCCACAACAAGAUUGUGAAGCUCAUGAG